AUGCAGCUCACUCGCUGCUGCUUCGUGUUCCUGGUGCAGGGCAGUCUUUAUCUGGUCAUCUGUGGCCAAGAUGACUCCCCCCAUGGCUCUGAUGACCCUGAACAUGAUGAUGCUGAGGGACAACCUCGGUCCCGAGUGCCUCGGAAACGGGGACAUCUCUCCUCCAAGUCCCGUCAGAUUACCAGCUCCACACUUCUUGGGCUGCUGGCUCCACCAGGGGAGUCAUGGGGGGAUCCAGGACAGCCCCCUGCCCAUACCCACCAUAGCGCUGCAUCUCCUGCCAAACUGAAAAAAAUCUUUGGCUGGGGCGACUUCUAUUCCAACAUCAAGACAGUGGCACUGAAUCUGCUGGUCACAGGGAAGAUUGUGGACCAUGGCAAUGGUACGUUCAGUGUCCACUUCCAGCAUAAUGCCACUGGCCAAGGGAACAUUUCAGUCAGCCUAGUGCCCCCCAGCAAGGCUGUGGAGUUCCACCAAGAGCAGCAGAUCUUCAUUGAAGCCAAAGCUUCCAAGAGUUUCAAUUGCCGGGUGGAGUGGGAGAAGGUGGAUCGGGGCCGGCGGACCUCACUCUGCACUCAUGACCCUGCCAAAACCUGCUCCCGGGACCACACACAGAGCUCAGCUACCUGGAACUGCUCUAAGCCCUUCAAGGUCAUCUGUAUCUAUAUCGCCUUCUACAGCACAGACUAUCGGCUGGUCCAGAAGGUGUGCCCAGACUACAACUACCAUAGUGAUGCCCCCUACUAUCCUUCUGGGUGA